GGUUUUGCAAGUGGAGAUUUGGAUAAAGAUGCAUAUGCUGUAAGAAUGUUUGCCGAACGUGGAAUCGAAUUUAUCUGUACGCAAAGCUUUGCGAAAAAUUUUGGAUUAUACAACGAAAGGGUCGGCAAUAUAAUUUUCGUAAUGGCGGAUACAAAAGAAAUGAUCCACGCUAAAUCACAAUUAACAUUAAUCAUUCGAGGAAUGUAUAGCAAUCCUCCUAAUCAUGGUGCUCGGAUUGUAGCAACAGUACUGAAAAAUCCAGAGCUCUUUGAGGAAUGGAAAGAUCACAUUAGAACAAUGUCAAAUAGAAUUAAAGAAAUGAGAAUAGGCUUGCAUCAAAGAUUGCUCAAAUUAGGCACUCCAGGUACUUGGGAUCAUAUUGUUCAACAAAUUGGAAUGUUUUCAUAUACAGGACUCAAUGAAAAGCAAGUGCUGCAUCUGAGGAAUCAUUAUCACAUUUACACGUUACGCAGUGGACGCAUAAAUAUGUGUGGACUUAACGAAACCAAUUUAGAUUAUGUCGCGAACGCAAUUAAUGAAACGAUUAAACUGUUUCCAGAUGCACAGAGUGAUUGUACGUGUUAGGAUAUAAUAUUACAAGUACAAAUUAAUAUUCAAGUCUGAAUAUUUAAAAUGGCAAUGUUUUAUAGAUCGUAUAUGUAAUAUAAAAAAAUUCAAUAUCUUUAGUUAUAGUUAGUAAUGAGAGAAAUGAUUAUUUUUUUUACUAUUAUUGAAAUUUGAUAUACAAAGUCAUGUAUCUUGUCUUCAUCCAUUUGAGAUCAAAUUAUUUUAUACAUAUGUACUCUUUCUGGGAUAAAUUUUUUUCAUUCUCUUAUAAAAUUCUACAAGAUAAGAUACAAAAUAUUGCAAAAACUAUUACAUGAUGCUAAAUUUUUCUGUAUAUUAAUGUCAUACUGUUAUAUGAAGAAUAUUUUUUAGCUGCAUAAUUUACAUACAUGUGUUUAUAGAGUUAUAUAAAAGUAAAAAAGUUAUUUAGUAAUUUAGAAAAA